UACCUUAGAGAAAUAAACCAAGCGCUAAUUUAUACUUGAAAAAUGAAAGAUCAAUUUCAUAAUACAUUUCCGUCUACGCUCGUUUUGGAGUAGUCUAUGCAGGCUAUUUGUUUCCGGUUCAAGCUCGCGGGAGAUCUGCAGAUCCUAGUUAACAAUGGCAUCGACACCCCUGGGCAGUCCUGUAUCGGAGGCGAUGUAUCCCUCUUUGGCUCUUGUACUUCUCCUCAUCGGUCUUGUAGUCACAGCAAAUUUUUUCAUCUAUGAAGCAACUACUUCGAAACGUAGCCGUAGUAUAGCAAGGGAACUCACCACUGGUGGCUUGGCAUCAAUUUUCUUAGGUUUUGGAUCAUUUUUUUUGCUUUUAGCCACUGGAGUUUAUGUAUAGCUGAUUUCUUUUCGUAAAAUGACAGUUUUUGUGAAGAAAAAAAACUCUGGUUUGCAUGCACAAAAUUUGAUAGAUUUUAUGGGCGAGAAAAUUAAUUUUGUUACUUCUUUCAGGAAAGACAUUUUUCCAUUUUUCCUUCAAUUGAGUUUACGAGGGUCCACACUGGAUUCUAUUUUGAAACUUGUUGGCUAGCUCUGUACAUUGGCAUAGAGCAUGUGAAACAGAGAAUAAUUUAUUAGUUUCUUAAUUGCAUGAUUAACACACGGAUUAAUUUCGGCUA